AUGUCAAGGACGGCAGCUUUCUAUGGAGUAGCGUUUCAGAUAUGUGACGUUCUGAAACCGGUUACUGACGAGAACAUAAUUAAUCACUGUCGAGAUCAGAUGCUUGAGGAUGAGGAAAAAAGAUUUGCACUGACAACUUCAGCGAAAAAGGAAACCGUCGAAAAAAACAAUGAAGCACCACUCGGUCAGGCAGGAUUUGGUAUAGAAGAAGGUCCGUAUUCUGCGCGAGUGUACGAUGGAAUGCAGCAACGAAAAAAAUUCAAAAUUCCGAAAGGACGUCCUUCAUCACUACCUGUGCUUGAGCGCAAUGUUCUCGUAACUCCACCACUCAUGCUCUGUGUUCGUACCGACCGAGACAAAACUGAAGCAUGGAGUGUGGAACUAGGAGUUACACUCGUCGAAGAAACAUAUGUAAAGCAAACGGGAAAGCGUCUGAAAAAGGGAGAUUGGUUCUAUGGGAGCGUUCGUUGCUGUGAUACUGGCUCCAAAAAAUUUUAUUAUGUGAAAAAAGUCCACAGCCUGGCCGAUCCACUAGGGUAUACAUAUUGGCUGAAUAAUUCGCUUGAGAUCGAGUUAGAGGUUCGUGGAAGUGUGGUUGAAAACUUGCCAAAUGGCAAGGCAUUAAUGCAGAAUCCCCAUGUCGGUAAAAUCGAAAUAGCGCAAAAGGAUUAUAACCGCAUUUCUUCAGAGAGAGUGGUUGCCAUCUUGCGUUUCAACAAGUUCAAUCCAAACGUGCCCUGGACAUUCGUGAGGUCCAUUUCUGUGUUGGCACCCAAUGAGGAACUCCCUAUCUUGAGUCCUGACUGUCUACUAAGUUAUCACAUGAGAAGGUCAAGCCAGGCGCAUCAGGGAAUGUCUCGUGAUCAGAUUCGUAGAAGAGAAAGCUGUGAGUUUGGU